GAUAUCAUUGUCUGUGUACAGAGAUCUCAGAACAGAUAAGAAACAAACGAAUUCUCAUAAGUAUAAGAAGGGCUCUCCCAACUUCUCUUAUAUUCCCCAUACCAAGCUUCAAUAUCAAGCAAGGCAUAGAAUUAACAAGUACUAUACCAGAUAUUGAAACCACAAGAAACAACAGCUUAUUCCCAUAAGUAAAAACCUCCAUAGAAAAUCUUCAGACCAGCAACCGCAAUCAUGAGGAAUUUCAUCAUCGACGUCAUUAUCGACAUCCUCGUCAACAUCGACAUCAGCAUCAUCAUUUACUUACUCGCAAUCAUCGGAAUCGCGGACACCAAUAACCAACCAUUAGUAGAGGGAAUCAAGCUUUUCGAGUUCAUGCCUCCAGGAGCACCAACCAAACCAGAUACAUCCGGAAUCGUCUUUAGGCAAAUCUGGUCUCCAUUUAAAUGGUCACUGAAUUUUUCCUGCGCCCUGGAUACCUUUUCUAACAAUACCAAUUGCUACUGGUUUGCCAGCGUCACCAAUUAUCCAAUCUCGAAGCAACCAGUCCGCAAGGACUUCGUUUUUGAGCUUGAAACGGAGGCAAAAUUCAGAGAAAUAGAUCUCUAUCCGUGGUAUCGCUCGGACAGUAUCAACAUCGUCGAGGUUAAUCCACAGAUCUUGCCAGCUGAUUACACCGAGAAGACGAAGGAACGUGGCACCCUCUUUACCGUUCUCUCAAUGGAAGUAAAUUGUGUGCGAGAAUAUGGAGCGGUAUCGACUCUUUGGUGCGAGCGAUGAAUUUACUAGUCGAAGAGGAGCCUACGAGCAGAGCGAACGUGAUGAGUCGUGGAAAAAGAGGGGAGAGCAAGCUCGAGCAAGAUUUAAAUCAUCUCGAGUCCAUGUUAAAAACUUUCUCUUCAUUUUCGAUUCUGAGCGGCCAAUCGCUUGUUCCAGUGAAGGCGCGAAAAUCAAAUAAAAAUAUGAACAGCCUGUCAGCCAUAAACUAUAAAUUUUCUAGACACUGAAGUGAAUCCAUAAAAUGAACAGUAAUUCUGACCA